UGCCGAGACCGCGGGCUGCCCAGCGUGCCGGACCCCUUCCCCCUGGACGUGCGCAAGCUGCUGGUGGCCGGCAACCGCAUCCAGCGGAUCCCCGAGGACUUCUUCAUCUUCUACGGCGACCUGGUGUACUUGGACUUCAGGAACAACUCGCUGCGCUCGCUGGAGGAGGGCACGUUCAGUGGCUCGGCCAAGCUCGCGUUCCUCGACCUCAGCUACAACAACCUGACCCACCUGGGCGCCGGCGCCUUCCGCUCGGCCGGGAGGCUGGUCAGGCUGAGCCUGGCCAACAACAACCUGGCGGGCGUGCACGAGGCGGCCUUCGAGAGCCUGGAGUCGCUGCAGGUGCUGGAGCUCAACGACAACAACCUGCGUAGCCUCAACGUGGCCGCCCUGGCCGCUCUGCCCGCGCUGCGCUCCCUGCGCCUCGACGGGAAUCCCUGGCUCUGUGACUGCGACUUCGCCCACCUCUUCUCCUGGAUCCAGGAGAACGCGUCCAAACUGCCCAAAGGCUCUGAAGAAAUCCAGUGCUCCCUGCCCAUGGAGAGCAGGCGAAUAUCACUGCAUGAGCUGUCAGAGGCCAGCUUCAGCGAGUGCAAGUUCAGCCUGUCGCUCACAGACCUGUUCAUCAUCAUCUUCUCCGGUGUGGCGGUGUCCAUCGCGGCCAUCAUCUCCAGCUUCUUCCUGGCCACGGUGGUGCAGUGCUUCCAGAGGUGUGCCCCCAACAAAGACACCGAGGAUGAAGAUGAGGAUGAAGAUGACUGAGAUGCCUCCUUCUGUUCCUCACUCUCCCGUGCCCGAGCCAGCGGCUCCUCUCCAAGAUGGGAAGAAGAUGCCAAAAAUGGAAAAGCACCGGCCACCGUCCAUGAACAGAACAGAGCCUGCUUCGUGUCUUGGCCCCUGGGUGUGCCCACUGGGACCAUUGAUCUCAGAGUUUAGAAUCAGCAGAGCAGAGAAGUCCAGGAAGAU